AUGUUUCCACAACAACAAUUUGACAAUAGACAGCAAAUGUCACAUCAAGACGAAGAAGAUGGCGGCUCUGGAUCGUUUCAUCUGCCAUCGAUUCAUACGUUUAUUCAGAAUUCGAAUAGUGGUAAUUCGCAGCAACAACCACAUCAUAGCUAUCCAAGUCCACAUUAUCCAUUUUCUUCUCCAUUUCUUUCGGCUUCCCAUGGUUCGAACAGUUCAAGACCACGUUCUCAAGAUUCGAUAAUGAGUGGUCUUUCGAAUUUCAGUAAUCAUCAUUCAUCACAUUCGAAUAAUGUUUCUAAUAAUUUCCAAUAUCAUCACCAACAGUUUUCGAAUAAUCAGCAACACAAUAAUCAUCAGGAUUAUUCUAAUAAUCAUAAUCAAAUGGAAGAUGAAUCACCAACCAUGUCCUCUUCAACCUCCUCCUUUUCGAAUAAUGACAACCAACUUUCGAAUAACAACCAACAUCGAACCCAACGAUCCAAUUCCUCUCUGAUGACCAACCACCAACUCAACAGAAAAGCAGUCAUCACUCCAAAUGGCAUUAAUCUACCUCCAAGUCUUUCCCACAACAAUUAUUCGAAUCCUCACCAACACUAUCCUAUUCUACCCCAGCAACAACAACAACACAACCUUGUUACUCCACAACAACAACCUCCAUCCAACAGCACCACGCCAUCGUUGUCCACUACCAAUCACAUUUCUAAUAAUGUAGUUAUUGGAACCUUUCCAGUUGGAAAUUCCUAUUCUUAUCAUUCACCUCAACAAUCUCUUCAUCACGUGCAACAACAACUUUAUAUUCAUCACGAUCCACAACAACAACAAACUUUCUUUCCCACCACUCCAAAUUCAACUUCAUCUUCAACUGCUCCUCCUCCGAUGGUGGUGGUUCAUCAUCAACCUUUAAAUGCACAUGUAAUGAUGAAUACCAAUACUACUAAUAAUAAUACAUUGGCCAAUAAUAAUAAUAAUUAUUAUAAUCAUUCUCAUGGUGCUGCUAAUAAUAAUGCUAAUAAUGCUAAUAAUAAUGAAUUUUAUCCACCAUUGCCACCAAAGCCAUCACGUCCAGUGCCAAUUUCCAAUAUUUCAUUCAGUGGCAUUGUUAAUAAUUAUAAUAAUAAUAAUAAUAGCAGUAAGGAUAAUCAAUUGUCUUGUGCAUCAUUGUCGACAAGUAAUGCUUCGUCAGUGAAUGGACAAUCGGCAGUGAUGAUGACGAAUCAGUUUGGGAUUAAUCCACUACCUUGGGAUAAUAAUAGUAAGAUGAUUAGGUCAUUUUCGAAUUUUCAACCUAAACCACCUAAAAAGACAAAGAGUUCUGUAAAGCAAUGUGAAAAUCCAAAGUGUAAUGCUACUGAUACUCCAUUAUGGAGAAAGGGAUAUUUCGUCGAAGGUGGAAGAAGAGCCAAUUUGUGUAAUGCUUGUGGACUUCAUUAUCGUAAGGGACAUUUUUGUAAAUUUUGUAAUGAAAUUUACAGAGAUGUUAAUGAGCUCGUUUCCACAGAGCCAUGGAUUUUGUGUUGCGCUUGUGAGAGGUAUAUGCACAGAAAGUGUGUUCAACAGGCAGGUAUUUCCCUUCCAAAAUCUCAAAGUCAUCAACACAUUUCACAAUCAGUGAAUGAUCAGUUCUAUUGUGAUGAAUGUGGAGGUACUAGGACAUUACAAUCAUCCAUCACUGCAACUGCAAUCAACAAUGAUCCUGCCACUGCUGUCAGCAGCACUUCCACAACAAUGCUCACUGAAAAGAUGGAUGAAACCUCCUUUGAAUCAAGUCCAAUCCUUAAUGCAAUUGCCAACAAUUCAACCUCACCACCAAAGACAUCACCUGGUUGUAGACCUCUUUCAUUCCAAGCUCCUCCAUCAACUGCACAAGUGAGAGUUGCAACUAGACCAUUCACUGUGAGUGCAGACAGAGAGAAUGUAGUCUCACUUUUAAUGAGACACAAUGAGACCAACGUGAUGGGUAUGAUGAAUGCUCCAAAUCCAUUUGUAAAUAAUACUGCUUCUGCUGCAAAUGUUGAAGAAGAAAAUGGUGAAAAUCACAAUUCUUCACAACAACAUGAAACAACCUCUGGUCUCAACAAUUAUUACAAUUUGAAGAAUAGACCACUUCCUCCAAUUCCAUCCAAUAAUGGAAAAGUUUUUGCAGAGCAAACAAAUUCAACAACAACCUCACCACCAAAUAUGAGAGAAGGUAAUACUCUACCUUCCAUUAAUUUCCUACUCACACCUCCAAAUAAUUAA